AAGAUUCCAUGAAGACGACGCGGUUUGUCAUGUGGCGAUCACCACUGACAUUAUUUCUGGACUCCUGCAGGAAGCUCAGGACCAACUCGCCCUCCUUGCUCUCUCUCUCUCUCUCUCGCUCGUCAUGUCGAUCCAAGGCCAGCUUCUUGAGGUCACAGUGGUUGGAUGCAACAAGUUGAAGGACACCGAGUGGAUGUCGCGGCAGGACCCCUAUGUAAUCCUCGAAUACGCCACCACCAAGUUCCGAACUAGCACCUGCACAGAUGGUGGCAGGAACCCCAGCUUCCAGGAGAAGACGGCCCUGUCUCUUGUAGAAGGUCUUCGCGAGAUCAGCGUCUCGGUCUGGAAUAGUAACACUUUCUCCCACGACGACUUCAUCGGCAGUGGCAGGGUGCAGCUGAGCAAGGUCCUUGCUCAAGGAUACGAUGACUCUUGUUGGUCGAUCCAGUCAAGAUCUGGCAGGUACUCGGGUGAGGUAAAACUUAUCAUGCAUUACUCAAACGCUAGAAAAGCAGAGAGCAGCCUCCAGUACUAAACCAGAUUUCAGUGAAGAGCGAAGCUUCCUCUACCGCUAAGUAGAGCCACUUGGAUGAAUCUUUAAGUUAACAUCACUAUGUUUAUUUUUCUAGUUAUGAUUUGAUGAAUAAAAUGUAAUAAAUAUUUAUAAAUGAUGAAUAAAGUGAUGUUUAUUUACUUA